UGCGAAGCUUGUCUUGUCCAGCAUGUUGUUCACUGGAGCUGCUUUUCUGCUUUUGAAUGCUGCGGCAUCUGUCGCUGCCCACGCGCAGCGACCUAACCACGCAAUUGCGCCCCACCACCCGUGGAAGCAAUUGCCUUCUUCUCCGGCUAGAAACCAGACUUGCGUCGUUGAAGCUUCUGGUGAUGGCAGCGAUGAUUCUGACAGCGCCUUGAGCGCUAUCAAUAAGUGCAACAACGGUGGUACCGUCGUCUUUUCUGCCGACACGAACUACACCAUUGGCACCGCGCUGGACCUUACCUUCUUGAAGCACAUCGACAUUGUCAUCGAGGGCACUGUCCAGUUCUCAAACGACACGGAUUACUGGCGGGCGCAUUCGUUCAACCAGACCUUCCAGAACUCGACGACCUUCUUCCAGCUGGGAGGCGAGGACGUCAACGUCUACGGCGGUGGUACCAUCGACGGCAAUGGCCAAGUGUGGUACGACUUGUAUGCCGAGGACAUCUACAUCCUGCGGCCCAUCUUGUUCGGCACCAUUGGCCUGAAGGGAGGCUCCAUUUCCGACCUCAAGCUCCGCUACAGCCCGCAGUGGUACAACCUCGUCGUCAACAGCUCCGAUGUCGUCUUCACCAACAUCGACAUUGCUGGUGACAGCAAUAACGACAACCCCGCCAAGAACACUGAUGGCUGGGAUACAUACCGCAGCGACAACAUCAUCAUCCAGAACAGCCACAUCGACAACGGCGACGACUGCGUCUCGUUCAAGCCCAACAGCACGAACAUCGUUGUCCAGAACCUCUGGUGCAACGGCAGCCACGGUAUCAGUGUCGGCUCCCUGGGCCAGUACGUCGGUGAGACGGACAUUGUCGAGGACGUCUAUGUCUACAACGUCAGCAUGAGCAACGCCUCGGACGGUGCGCGCAUCAAGGUCUGGCCUGGCAUCAGCUCUGCCCUGUCCGGCGACCUGCAGGGUGGCGGAGGCCUGGGACGCGUCAACAACAUCACCUACGACACAAUGGUGCUCGACAACGUUGACUACGCUGUCGAGAUCACGCAGUGCUACGGCCAGAAGAACCUGACGCUGUGCAACGAGCACCCGUCCAACAUGACCAUCUCCAACAUCCUGGUCAAGAACUUCAGCGGUCAAACUAGCGACAAGCACGAUCCCCUGGUGGGAACCCUUGUCUGCUCUAGCCCAGAUGUUUGCAGCAACAUUACCUUGACGGAUAUCGAGGUCACCAGCCCUUCUGGAAAGGCUGAGUAUGAAUGUACCAACGUCGACGAGUCGACUCUGGAUAUCGAAUGC